UCCUGACAGUAUGUCUUCCGGGAUUAUAUUUACCAUUUAAGGCGUGUUUUCGAUCUCGUGAUCCAAGGAACAAAAAGGGGUAGGUCGUGUUUUUAGUCGGAAACAGGUUCAUCCGAUUCACAGGUUGUGAUAAAGCAGGAACAUGGAUUGUCGCACUGGUUUCGUCGUCUUUUUGUCAUUAAUUGGUUUCACCUUCGCGGUUCCAGUUAAAUUCAUUGACUGCGGUUCCUCUUCUGGUAAAGUUGACUUGGUGGACAUAGCCCCCUGUCCCAGUCAGCCUUGCCAGCUUCACAGAGGAGACAGCUACAGCGUCAAUGUGACAUUCAGUAGCAAUGUGGAGACUGACACGAGUAAAGCAGUGGUUCAUGGAAUAAUUGCUGGAGUUCCCGUUCCGUUUCCCAUUCCCAACGAUGAUGGCUGCAAGUCUGGAAUCCAGUGUCCUAUCCAGAAGCAGCAGAGCUACAGCUAUAUGAACUCAUUACCUGUGAAGACUGAGUAUCCUACGAUAAAGCUGACUGUGAAAUGGGAACUGAGAGACAAGGACAACAAUGACUUGUUCUGCAUCAAGUUCCCAGUCCAGAUUGUGUCUUAGGAUGGCUACAAACACAAUAAAUUAAAAGGGAUUGAGUUAAGCAUAUGAAUACGAACGAAUUCUACUUAAGAUCUAAUUUUAUUCAUUUCUCAAAUUGAUUUUAAGAUGUCACCUGUUUGCAAGACAUUUCUGCUCAUACUCAUCCUAAAUCUGACAGAAAAUAAAUACAGGGCUGAGUUUUUUUGCUGUGAUCUCAUCUGUGUAACAGUUGAUUUAAGAGUAACGGUUCUGAAAUAAUGCAGUUCUUUAUCAUCAACUUGUGAGCUACAUUCCACAAAUAUACAAAUGUAUUAACUUAUUGGCUGCUGUGUAGUCAGAAAAGGUACAUUCUGUACUUUUUCUCAAACAUUUUUGUAGUAAUUUGUUACUAACCUUGUACUAUCAAACAUGUGGAAAUGCAUUUUGUUAAUAUGAAGAAUUACAAUAAAGAAGUUUAACAUGUACUGAA